GGAAGUACUACGUACAUAAAUCUCUUCCUUAAUCCUUAGCUUCAAUAAUACUCCGUAAACUAACAGUCAUCUUUCAAAGAACGACGUUAAUUAGCCGGUAUUCAAUCAGAAUAAUCACAAACUUCAGCUUUUUUUUCAACCUAAUUUGCACAAAGAGCUAAUUACAAUGGAGGAUGGUACAUUGUUAAUCACUAUCACGGAAACAGAGGCCUUGGAUUCAACGAGCUCCAACUCCAACUCCUCAUCACAAAGGCCCAAAAGUUUCAAACGGCCCAAUAAGCAAAUUGCUGGUUCAUCAAGAUUUAAAGGAGUGGUUUAUCAACAAAACGGCCAUUGGGGAGCCCAAAUAUAUGCCAACCACAGCAGAAUUUGGCUAGGGACUUUUAAAACCGAGGCGGAUGCGGCCACUGCCUAUGACAGUGCCUCCAUCAUGUUCCGACAAAGAAAUCUCGACGAAGCCCAUCGAAACUUCCCAUGGACCACUAUUAAUAUGUAUGAGCCCAACUUUCAAGCCCAAUACACUACUGACCAAAUAUUAAACAUGAUCAAAGAUGGGUCUUACCCAACUAAGUUUAGUGAAUAUUUAUAUUCCAUUUCCCAAGUGAGCAACGGUCAAAGCAACUAUAGUAAUAACCAAAACGAGCGAAAAGGGUAUUUUUGUCGCGAACUCUUUAGAAAAGAAUUGACACCAAGUGACGUGGGAAAGCUCAAUAGACUUGUGAUUCCAAAGAGACAUGCAUUGAAGUAUUUUCCCGUCAAAAUUAAUAUUGGUCGAAAAUUCGGUGUAUGUGAAGAAGACGAGCAUGAAGGAAGAGACAUGGAACUAGUUUUGUACGACAACAAAAUGAAGAGUUGGAAAUUCAGGUAUUGUUAUUGGAAGAGUAGCCAAAGUUUCGUGUUUACUAGCGGAUGGAACAGGUUUGUAAGGGUCAAAGAAUUAGAGGCCAAAGAUAUUGUUACUUUCUACAUGUGUGAGUUGAAAGAAAACAAUGGUCAAGAUGUGAAGAAGUUUUGGAUGAUUGAUAUUGUAAAAUAUAAUGCAAUCAAUCAGACUUCAAUUGUUGAUGAUGGGACAUUAUUGGUUCAAGAGGCAGUGGUAGAGACAAAGAAAGAUAAGAGAAUUAUGUUAUUUGGUGUUUCAAUUAGUUCUGCUAAUUCUGAUGAAGAAAUUUAGUAUGCAAUAAAUUUGCUUCAUUAUUUUCUAGAUUUUAGUUCUCUAGCUAGUGUUUUAUUUUACUUUUAUAAAUAAUAGACGAUGAUUUUGAUAAACGCUACAUUAUACUCCGAUUC